UGCUAUACUCACAUGUCUGGACUGUUGCGAUCUCUAUAGCACGUCUCCGGUCACUAAGGAGGAGCACUCCGUCGUAGAUGCAAAGACACAUGACUGAUAUGAGUGGACACUGACCUCACCUGCCACAUUUCUUCUCUCUGUAUCUCUCCAGGAUCAUCUGUGGUUCUCUCUUCUUCUGUCACACCGACGAACAGGAUCCUAUUCGCAGAUCCCACCAGGUGUUUGUCGCACUGAUUCUGUCUGAGAGACUCUUCUGGGCUCUGAACCCUCCUCCUAAACACACCACCAAUCAUCACUGGAGUCCAGCACCAACUACACAGGAGUAAGGAGUGACCCCCUCCUCUCUGGUUCAGAUGGCAGACGGUCGGCAACCUGAGGACAGCGCCCCCCAGUGGUCAACGCCGGGAGCCCAGGGCUCAUCCUCCCCAGGUGGGCAUGGAGAGAAUGGCUUCUCUUCCUCCUACAGGGCUUGCCAGCCAGGUGGUGCACAUGCUGGUUCUGCCACUGCCUAUGCCAAAGAGAAUGGUUUCAACGGAGAUCUAACCUCUGGACACGCUGUGACUGCGGAACAAGUGUCAGCGCGGAUCGUGCAGGAGGUAACAGCUGAAGCGGUCGCGGUUCUCAAAGGAGAGCAGGAGCUGAAUCCGGACUCUGCCGUCAGGCUGCCCUCAGUGGAAGACUCUGCAAACCUGCCGCCCUCUCCUCCACCGUCUCCGGCAGCAGAGCAUUUUGGACCGCUGGAACAAGAUGUAGGGGAUGAGGAGGAAGCAGGUCCUCUCCGCCGCUUCCAAAAUUCUCGCGAGAGGUGCAAGUUCCUCGCCCCCUCCAUCUCAGUGUCUGUGCCUGAGGAUGACCCCUACCACUCUGAUGAGGAAUACUAUGAACACCCUUUAUUCAGCCCAGAGUGGACGCGCUCGGGCUCUCGCCCCCCAGGGCAGGCCGCCGCGUUUAGACAGAUCGAAGAAGAGGAGACCAUAGAGAGUCUCUCAGCUGCGGAGGAGGAAGAGGAGGAGACUUCGGAAGCCGCAGCAACAGCAGCAGCUCUAGAGGAACAGGAGGAGGAAGAGGAGGAAGAGGAGGAGCAGUGGAGUGGGGAGGAGCCUGAACAGGAAUCCCCAUCCGAGCUCCCAGAACGGGCAGAGGUCAUAGGCGAGGCCCAGGCUCUGCCCGGCCUGCAGUCCGAGGUUCAUACACAGGCAGCUAUAGCUGCCAACAAGGCCCCUAAUGGGCGAGUUGAGGAGGCAGGGGGGCAUGAAAGCCCUGCAGAAGCUUUGAAGAUGGAAGCGGAGAGGACAGAUCCCAUUGGCAUGGACUUCACUGAAUCUGCAAUGCACCUAGAUGAUCUCCCAUCCUACGAGAGUCUUGCCAGAGACACAGAUAUGCCAGAAAGCCCCUUUGCUAAAACAUAUCCCAUGCGGGAUUUUGAAUUGCCUCCAAGUGGCCUGGGUCAUGCCAAAGAACCUUUAGAAGCUCCAUUGGAAAGGCCUGAUGGGCAGAGUUGUGACGUGAUAGAGCCUUUAACCGAAAAAACAUGUGACUUAAGCAAUAUACACAAGACUGAAUCAGGUCAUGCACAAGACAAACAAAUGGAAGUCACAGCCAUGGCAAAACCUGAUGAACUAGAAGGGGACAUGAAGGACAAAUCUGGAAUGUCUGCUUAUUUUGAGACCACUACAAUUAAGACCGAUGCUGCCAGGUCUCAAGGGGAAGGUUAUUAUGAGCUGAGUACUACAUCGGAGGAGCAGAAAGUCUCUCUUGGUAACCUCCCGCUUCCUGAAAUCAGCUACAGUUCCCUAGCUCAAACACAGUUCUUGGAAGUCAAUCCGGAUCUUUCAAAAAGUACUGCAGACACAAUUAAGACUACUUCACCGGUAGACAGAAGAGAUGACAGUAGGCUGUCUCCUGGAAAACUGGCUCUAGAGCAGAGAAGCUACUCUUUGAAUAUCACCAUUGGUGCAAUGGAUCAUGAUGUCCAAGGGCGACCCAGGAACUUCUCUCCGUUAGCUACCGACAUCAUGUCUCAUACUAGCGGGAGCCUUGACGAAUCUGCUGAUUAUCUUCCUGCCACCACUCCGUCAGUGGAUAAAAUACCUCAAUUUCCUUCUACGAUCAUGGAGACAACUACUCCAUCAUCUCCACCUGCCCAAACCACAGUCAGUGAUGGCAGUAAGAGUCCACAAGCUGAGUCCCCAGAAUCACCUGUCCAAGUGAAGGGCUUUUACAAGAACGGCACAGUCAUGGCCCCAGAUCUGCCUGAAAUGUUGGAUCUGGCCGGAUCGCGAUCAAGGCUAGCAUCUGACAAUGCUGAUCCAGAAAUGUUGAGGAGGAAGUCUGUUCCUAUGGACAUGACUUCUAUGGUGAGUGAUUCCUUAGAAUAUUUACUGAAAAGUGAGCCGAGUCAAAUGGCCGCAAAGAGGGAAAUGCAACUGGAGGAGCAAGGUUAUUGUGUCUUUAGUGAAUACUCUGGUCCUAUGCCAUCCCCUGCAGAUGUGCACAGUCCAAUGGAUACUUCUCCUCAUAUCUUUAACACUGUGAUUUCAGAGGAGAAGGAACUUGGUUUUGUUGGUGAAAGGGAGUGUUUGUGGUCUGAUGAUCUGAAGACAGAAGAGUUAGUUGCACCACAAGUAAAAGAAGAAGAAGUAAUGCGAAGUAAGGAAGAUUCAUUUGAAAGAGAGAGUGCAGUUGCUGAAAAAUCUACUACUGAGACUCAGCAAGAUAAAGUUGAUCCCUUCAAGGCUGAAACUUUGCAAGAAAUUAGUGUAACGUCACCUGAAAAUGAGAACGAACACUUAGACAAACAAAUUGAAACUUUUAUUACCCCAAAGGUGACUGUUACUCUGGAAGAUGCAAAGCCUGACCUUGAUGCUAUAUUUGCAGCUGAAACAGAAGCCGAAAUAGCUGACUACGAGAGGCAAAUACGCAAAUUAGAAAUGGAGGACCGCCCUUUAAGCAUGGAGGAGGAAAGAGAGCUCCAAGAGCUCAGAGAGAAGGUUAAGAAUAAACCAGACCUUGUUCACCAGGAAGCCUAUGAAGAGGUUGAUGCGGAAGAUGUGUAUCAACUCACUGGAGUUGCGAAGGACAGGAUUGCCAGACCUCUCAGACCAUCCCCAGCAUCUUCAGUAGAAAGUGCUACAGAGGAGGAGAAAAUCCACAUUGUUGAGACUGAAAAACCUAAAUCACCAGAGGUUCUAAAAGCAGAUCCUAAUAGAUUAUCCCCCGUUGGAUCUUUUGAGAAGUAUUUUAGAGAGGAGAGGCCUUCUGAGCAGGAGGUAAAGCAGAAAGACACAGUGGAAUCCCUCAAGGAGAAAGCUGUUGAGGAGCAACCAACACCAGCUUUUUCAAAGACAGAGGAGAAACCUUCUGAGCAACAGGUAAUUCAGAAAGAUACUAUCGUGGAGUCCCUUGAAGAAAAACCUGUGGAGGAGCAACCUCACCCAGUACCUUCAGAGACAGCGGAGGCUCCUGUAGACACCACUGUAAUUCAAGAAAUUGAGGAAGAUGUUGAAAUUGCUGAGGAGCCUGAAGAGAUCAUCCCAGAAACAAAACCAGCCCUAGAAGAGAAACCAGUGGCAGACAAAUUGGAGCCAGAUGAGAUUGCAGUAGAGAAAGAUGAGGUUAAUGUUGUUGAGAAUGAAGAACUUGAGGAGGAAUUAUUGGAAGGAGCCAAGGCAGCAGAGGACAUUGUUGAGUCUCGAGCUGCAAUUGAGUCAGUUGUGAUGGUGGAAGAUGAUUUCAUUACAGUGGUGCAGACCAUUGAUGAAGGAGAGGUCUCUGGACACAGUGUACGCUUCUCGGCCCCCAAUGAAGAGGAACGUCCAAAACUCCUCGAUGAAGAAGAGGAGGAGGAGUCUGUGGAGAUGGCACAAGAAGUUGAAAUAGAGGCUGCAAGUGUAGAAGAAAUUGUAGAUGUCCCAGAGCAAAAUGAGCCUCCAGUUUGUCCAGUUAAAGAGAUAGAAAUACAAGAGAGUGAAGCACCAUCUCAAAGCUAUGAUGACUACAAAGAUGAAACUACCAUUGAUGACUCCAUUUUAGACAGCUCCUGGAUGGACACGCAAGCAGACGAUGAUAAGAGCUUAGCAACUGAGAAGAUUGAGCCUCUACCCAAAGCCAGCCCUGUCAAGAAACCGCAUGCAGAGAAACCGGUCAAACAGAAAACUAAGGGCAGCAGGGUCAAAGGACGAAUCAUGACCCCUGAGCGUAAACAUGUUCGCAAGGAGCCGGUGCCCAUCCAGAAAGAAGAGAUGAAGAAGAAAAAAGCUGUGAUUAAGAAGCCUGAUUUCACAAAAAAAUCUGAUAUUCAGACGUGCUCUCCUUCGCGGAAGGGUGUUGUAAAGACUACCGUAAGGCACCCUAGACCUACCCAACAUCACGCGUGUGUUAAGCGGAAACCCACAGUAUCUGCAGAUGGACGACUGCCCUUCAGUGUGGCCAGGCACUCCAGAGAUCGGGCAUCUACCUCCAAUUCCACAACACUAACAAAGAUCCCCACCUCUAAAAUGCGGGCAGCGGCCUUGGUGCCAGCCCGACCUUACACCGUCUGCUCCUCCAAUAAAAACAGCCCAAUGGGGGAGGGGGAUCUUAAUGAGCCCCGCCCUUCUUCAGCGGGUCAACAAGUUUCAGUAAACGUACUUGUAGUUAAGGAUGGUGGAUCUCGGAGCCCAGAGAAGAGGUCGUCCCUGCCACGGCCAGCAUCCAUACUUACUCGCCGCCAACAUACAGGUGACCAUGAGGAGAGCUCCACUUCUAUCACCAGCUCUGGGUCCACAGCACCACGCAGGCCAACAUCGUUCCGUACUGAAGUCAGAGCAGAGCACAGGACAGGCAGGUCUUCUAGUAUGACAGGCACAGAGGCUGCUCGCUCCCGCUCUGUUGGCAACUCCACACCCCGUACACCCGGCUCAACUGCCAUCACUCCUGGCACCCCUCCAAGUUACUCCUGCCGUACCCCAGGGACACCUCGUACUCCAGGCACCCCUAAAUCCCUCAGCCUGCUGUCCCAGGAAAAGAAAGUGGCCAUCCUCCGCACACCUCCAAAAUCCCCUGCCACUACACCCAAACAGCUGCGCAUCUUAAACCAGCCGCUUCCUGACCUCAAGAACGUCAAGUCCAAGAUCGGUUCUACUGACAACAUCAAGUACCAGCCCAAAGGGGGCCAGAUUCAAAUUUUAAACAAGAAGCUGGACUUAGGUCACGUAUCGUCAAAGUGCAGAUCCAAGGAUAAUCUGAAGCAUUCACCUCAGGGAGGCAAUGUGCACAUUCCGACCAAUAAGAUUGACCUAAGUCAUGUGACCUCUAAGUGUGGAUCAUUGGACAACAUCCGCCACAAGCCAGGGGGCGGUAAUGUGCGCAUUGGGAGCGUGAAGCUGGACUUUAGAGAAAAGGCCCAUGCAAAGGUGGGUUCACUCGACAAUGCCCACCACACUCCCGGAGGAGGACAGAUACAGAUCGAAAGCCAUAAGCUGAUGUUCCGGGACACGGCAAAAGCACGGGUGGAUCACGGGGCGGAUAUUGUGAUUGAAACGGCUGGGCUGUCGGGCGGUACCUCCCCCCACCGUCACAGCCACAUGUCCUCAUCCGGAAGCAUCAACAUGCUUGAGUCGCCACAGCUGGCCACACUGGCGGAGGAUGUGACCGCCGCCCUGGCUAAACAGGGCUUGUGAAUCCUCACCUCAAUGUCUAGUAACAGUCUCUUUUCAAUAUAUCUGCUCAAUCCACAAUAAUCCCCUUCAGUGGUUUCAUGGUUGGCACAUGCUCCCUCUGGUAUUAAUGGAAGACACUACAUUCUCUUUCCAUACGUCUCUAAAAAAUCUCCAUUCAGCUCUUCAACAGCCUCGCAGAACCCUGUUGUGACUUUACCUACGAAACGUAAAAAAAUGAAUUUCUCUGUUUAUUUUUUGUUCAUUUGAAUGAAUAAUGACUUAGCUAGAAAGGUACCAGUGCUUUUAUUACCCAUGUUACAUGUUUUUAUGAUUGUGUAUAGACAGUGGCCUCGAAUUCUGGACUAGGGUCAGCUUUCGGUGUGUUGUGUAAUGUUGGCAGGACCACGAGUCUUAAGUUUUACACCGAAAUAAGGUGCGAUGAUUCCACGCUGCACGUUUUUUUGCCCCAUUCAGUGCAUGGACUUAAAAACACACAUCUCAAUGCAAGUCACCGGAACUCAAACAUGAUAUACGAUAUAAGGGAAUAUAUUUAUACAAAUACACAAGCCGUCAACAUCUCAUGCGCAAUUGAAUAGGAAAAAAAAGCAGUUACUCCUUCGAUAACGUAUCUGUACAAUUGCAUUAUUAAAAGAAAACCUAGAUAGAAUGACAAGCAUGUAUUCUAGUACACAAAAGAGGCUAUUUUGUAUUUCGAGGGAUUUUAGUAAGUUAUUUGCUGAAAACAUUGGAUAAAAUGAACACAUCACGUUUUGUAGACUCUAGCGAUGAUGUUAAGCUUGUAUAUUCAUUUAAAAAACUGGACCGACAUUACCCAAGAGGUCCUUGGUACAACCCUGCCUUUGCUCUUGUUAAAAACAUGGGUUUCGUGGAUCUUUGUUGGUACACAGUUUAACCAGAUUUGUGCUUUGAUUUACUGUACACAUGAUGGCUACAUCACAAAGUGUGUUGUGUUAUUAAUUCAUACAAUGGACAAGAACUGUAGAAACGUGAAUGAUGGAAAUACCAACGCAACUAUGCGUCUGGUAUAUAACUGCUUUAAAUCUGCUGUCUUGAAGUGUGAACCACCUACCGCUGUCUUUCAGAGGAAAGAUGUAAGUGGGUCUUUUGUAUAAGCAUCUGUCCGGGAGUGAUGGGUGUUGCUGGUCCCCAUUUAAUUCUUAAAUGAAGGCAGCAACUAUUUGGGUAGUUUAGUUUGGUCAUCCUUAGGCCCUGUGUUUGUCUGUUGAAUUCUGCUUGAAUGCUUCUUUUUUGUCGUUCGAGUGAAUUUGAAAGCGGAAAAGGAAACGCAAUGCAAAACUUUGAUGAAACAAGCUAAAAAAGGAUACUCACUCAGCUUGCAUCUGUUUGAACACAGUACUCCAGUAUAUUUUUUCUCGUCAUUUGUGGCUCUCCCCAUUUUCUCUCAAACAGCUGUCAUUUGUAGGCUUCAGUGUUUCUUGCCCCCCGAGCCUUACCCACCCUGCCCUUUUUCCCACAGCUACUGUAAAUGUAUUUAAAAGGUCACAUAGAUGUAUGCAGUUUUUCUCCUGUUGGUAUGAUACGGAUUAUAAAUGCCCUUAACAGUUAUGACAAUAAAAAAAUACAGAAAAUUA